UAGUAUUUACACGGUUAGGUGCUUGUACUACAUUCCUAAAACGACGUAAUGACAGUUUUAUCGAAAAGAAGAUUCUAGUCAACCUUUUAAUAAUGAAAAGUUAUUAAUAUCUAAUAACAUUAAAAAAGAUUUUAAUCAUAUAUAGUAGAACUAAUAUUAUCAUAAAAAGCUAAAAAAUGACUACAAAAAUUGAAGAUGUAGAUAAUAACUUACCACUUCCCUCUGAAAGAAUGCCUAAAUGUUGGAAUGAAGAAGAAAGGAUCAGUGCUUUGUUUUCCCCUUUUCGAACUAAAUCUGCUAAUCCACAAGAUUGGGUAUCGAAAUAUAAAUUUUGGCAAAAUUUAAUAUAUGAAUGGUUAAAAUACACUAAGAGAAAUAGCUUUUCUAUUGCAGACUUAAAUGGUGCUUUUAGAAGGAAAGGUUGUACACCGCUUUGUUUAGUAACUGUUGUUGAAGAAUUACAUCGGAAUAAUGAAAUAAUUGAAGAAACUGAAUUUUUGAAAGAACCCUGUGAAUCAUGGACUGCAUGGUCAAUUGAUACAUUUGUGAAAAAGCCAUUUGUAUGGUCAUUUUCAAAAGUUAGAAGUUAUGUUGCUAAUAAUGAAAUUAACAAAGAAACUAGAUAUAUACAUUUACAAAUCAUUAAAGAAUUUGGAGAUGUUAUACUUUCUAUUUUAGAAAGAAAAAAGGAAAGUAUUCUUAUACCAUUUUCUGAACUAGUAAAAAGUUGUAAAUCUGACAUAGAUAAAAAUAUAUUAGAUAAAACAAUAAUGUUAAUUUUAAUAUGGUUGAUGCGUAAAAAAAAGGUGGUUUUUAGAAAUAAUGAAAAUCAAAGUGAAUUAUUGAUUAAAAUCGCUGCACAUUCAUCAGAUAGUAUAACAGAAAUUGAAGAAGGCUUAUACAAGUUAAUGAAACAAGAAAAUACACUUAUAAAAGAAAUAGAACUUAUGGAAGAAGAAAAAAUUAAUAUUAUUAGUGAAGCAAAGUCAUAUUUAACAAAAGGUUUACGGCAGGUAGCAAAAACAUAUUUGAGAAAAAAGAAAGAAUUGGAAAGUACUAUUGAAAAACGUGCUCAAAUACUUAAUAAUAUUCAAAGCCUUAUAACAAGUAUUCAGAAUACUCACACAAAUACUACUGUAAUAUCAGCUUACAAAAUAGGAUCAGAUGUAUUAAAAAAACUUAAUGAGAGUUGUUUAUCAGAGUCUAAUGUUAAAGAUAUUGUAGAUGACCUAUCAGAAGCUUUGGAAGAGCAAAAAGAAGUACAAUGUAUAUUAUCAGAGUCUCUUGAGAAUGAUGAUUCAAAUGUUGAUUUAGAAAAGGAAUUGGCAGAAUUAAUGAAAUUUGAUGAAAAUAUUUUGCCUUCAGUACCAAAUACUAAAUUAAGUUCUACCAUAGAUGAACUUCAAGAGAACUUAAAAAACUUACAUGUUGAAGACGCUACUGUGCUCCAUGUAUCAUCUAAAUUGCCAAAAAGGGUUAACAAUGAAGAGAUAUCAAAACAAUAUGAAUGUAUAUAAACAUAAAUAACAUAUGGAUAUCACCAAAUUCUGUUUAGAAUGGUUUGUCUUUCUGUAACAAGUACAGUAGUAAUAUAGUACUUGUAUGUGUGUGUAUAUAUAUAUAUUUCAUAAUAAUUAUCAUAUAUUGUUUUAUAACCAAGGUCUUAUAUAAAUGUUAUACUUGUAACAGAAAAAGUAAUAAUAAGUUUAAAUAUAAUGCUAGUUGCACUUCUAUAAAA